AUGGAGCGUAAGAGUUGCAACAGCAGCAUCAAGAACAUCUAUCAGAUAAAAGUACGACAAAAAGCCCAGAGUGCUCAAGAAAAUACCAAUGCCAACGAUGUCAGUCCCGAUGCUGAUCAGCAAUUGAUCGAUCGGAGUAACGAUGAUGAAAAGAAUGCGAGUGGUAGCACAGCAGCAAAAGGUGAGAGCAACUAUUAUAAUAUGAAUCACGACCGAAGGGGAAUAGCUUUAAUCUUCAACCAUUAUAAAUUUGAUAAUUCCAACUUGUCCAUAAGGGAAGGAACAGACAAGGACUGUCAAAAUAUUGAUAGGACAUUAACAACGUUCAAUUUUACAACCAAAGUAUGUCAGGAUUAUACCUAUAGGCAAAUAGUGGAUAUCAUUUAUGAAGUGUCUAAUGAAGAUCAUUCGGAUGCCGAUUGCCUAAUGAUCGUCGUCAUGUCUCAUGGUGAUGCAGGUGUAAUCCACGCUAGGGAUCAUCAGUACACCCCAGACCAAUUGUGGUUACAGUUUUCCGGAAACAAUUGUCCUACCCUGGUUGGAAAACCAAAACUAUUCUUUAUUCAAGCUUGUCGAGGUAAUAAGUUGGACCCCGGCGUUACCGUCUACGCAUCACCUGGAGAUGCAAAUCAAAAUACUUACAAAAUACCAGCUAUGGCCGAUUUUCUUAUAAUGUAUUCAAGCUUUGAAGGUCACAUCUCUUUCAGGAGUACUGUUUCAGGGUCUUGGUUGAUCCGGAGCCUUUGCGACGAAUUACAGCAUAUUUCCACUAAUAAUACCAAAACGGACCUUUUGACAAUUUUGACUUUUGUUAAUCGUCGGAUAGCUAACUACGAGGUCGUUGCUCCCGAAAAAGACUUCGACGAGAUGAAGCAGAUCGGAUCCAUUGUCAGCAGUCUCACUAAGAUCUUACAUCUAUAUAAAAAAAUAGAUAAAUAG